GUACCAGCCACAGCCAUUCUCGACACCCACCACCGCAAUUAGGACUGCGCAUUCCUGCACAAGGGGACGACUACCUGAGCUAAACACCUUUUCCUUACUCUCUCAACUUUGAGACCGAAUACCACUCUGACUAUUUGCAAGUGUGCCGCAGUUUGUUGCUUCCUCAACACCGACUAUACUCUCGACCUCGCCAUAUCCUCUUCCACGCACACUCGCUGAAGACCGACAAGACAUCGCUCGAGCGAGGGCCCUGGGCUUUAUACGGCUGCGACAACUCUCACAUUCUUGAACCACCUCCACAUUCUUCAGCACAGCGGCUGCGGGCUGCAUUCCUCCCUCAGCACUCUCCCGGCCCUUCGGGAGCCGUAGGAGACUCGUCGCAAUCCACGCCCUCAGCGGCAGACCUCCACAUUCCGAUCUCACACAAUGGCGAAUCUAAAGUUUGCGGUUAGCAUGCAACGGCUAAUACCGUUUCUGGGCUACCAUCACAUUCUCAUGAUACUAAUAGCCGUCGCUAUAAUCCUGUUAUCACUCCUCCUAGCAGGCUGCUCCUCCACCUCCCCCCUCAUCCCCGGCAUCUUCCUCAUCUCCAUGUACUACCAACACUACACCCCCUCGUACGACACGUCCCAGGUCGACCCCGGCGUCACCGCCGCCAUCGCCAACAUCGUCGGCCAAGCCCAACUCGGCGUCCGCGUCGGCUACUUUGGCAUCUGCGUCUCGCCCGACGGCGGCGACUUCUUGUGCUCGAAUAACGCGACGGCGCUUGCGGAGCAGGUAUCUGUAGAUCAGGAUCCGCUGAAUCUGAUUUGGGUCGCUAGCACAUUCAAAGACAGCAUCAUUUUCCCGUAUCUACUGAUCGUCGCUAUCAUCCUCGCCUUCUUCACCUUCAUCCUCCUCGCCACCUUCCCAGGGUGGCACGAAGAGCGCGACCUGCAAACCGGCUCCGACGUCGACGUCAAGCCCUUCCCCUCGCGGCCCGUCUCGCAAGUCGCACUCGCUCUCAUCUUCAUCUCGUCCAUCUUCGUCCUCGUCAGCGUUUUAUGGCAACACACUGCCUCCGUCGCCGCCGCCACAAUCGCGCAGGACCUCGGAAACGGGUCGGUGAAAUCAGGGGUCGGAACCUCAGCGAUGGUACUAGGCUGGUUCGGCUUCGUGCUGCUGAUAAUCGUAACGAUCGGGCUACUAGUCAUGAUCUUGAGUAUCAUUGUGCUCGACCGGUUAACCGACAACGACUAAGCUCGGGCUGAGAAGCCAACCAAGAAAAAAAAAACGCCGAAAACCAACCAAAAAAAAAGCACAAAGAUGUUGUUGAUGUUAACAAGGCGGGAUGGAACGACUUGUGGAUAAAUCUUCUGUUUUUCUCUUCAAUUUUCAUUAGCGUUGCAUGGGGCUCUGGGUUUUGCUUGCUAUCGCUUCAACUCCACUUCGCUCCUCGUCAUACCCCAUUGUAUAGAGCACGCUUUUGUGCUGGUUUGAAAGCAAGGCAUAUUUUGGGCGUUGGAUGAUGUGGGACUUCAUGGACUCACUAUGGGAUUUGGACUCGAGAAUGAUUAUGGAAAUGGGAGAUGUUGAUGGAUGGAUGGAGGGGCUGGCGGAAGCCAUGUAUGGAUUGGGAAUGACGGGAUGUAUUUAGAACCACUGAAACAACGACGAUGAUGGAAACGUCAUGCC